AGACUUGAUCUACGUUCUUCUCUCUCUUCAUUCUCUAACCUCUACGUUAUUGCUCUCUGUCUGGUUUUUGUUGGUGAAAUCCUCAAAACCGUUUGAUUUUGAUCAAAGGGUUCUUAGGAUUCGGACGCCGAUGUUGUUGCCCCCCUCCUCUGUUGUCUUAGAAGAGGAAGGAAGAAAAGCAUCAAUUUUUGCAAGCAAUAAACUUAAAAGUCCUUGCUUUUGCCCUUUCUCUUCUUCUUCCCCUUCCUUGUCUUGAAAAAUACACACAGCAAAACCGUUGUAGCUAGAUGAAGAAUAACAUAUGAUUGGAGUGAAUCACACCUAGAAUCGAAGAGUGGCGACAAAGUUAAAAUAACUUAAAGGAUGGAAUCGAGUAGCCUUGAUAGCAGCAGCAGCACAGUGUUAUCGUUGAGUAUGAUGGAAGAGGAUGACCAUUCCCAUCAGUUUUCUGCAAUUUCGAAGCUGCAUAACAAUGGUCCCACCACCACCAGUGUCCAUGACCUUCUUGAAUGCCCCGUCUGCACCAACUCCAUGUAUCCUCCAAUCCAUCAGGACGAAAUUUAGGGCAAAUGAUUGGAACCGGAUGUGAGUGCCAAGGUUUUUACCACUUAUAUAGACCAUCUCAUGUUGGUUCAAUAGUGGAGUCUCGUCUCUUGAUUCUUGCUUGAUUAGGACAUCCAAAUCUUUCCAAGUUGCGUCAGAUGGUAUCAAAUUUAUCAAAAUUGCCAUUAUUGUUUUGUAAGUUAUGUCAGUUAUGUAAACAUAUUCGCUAUUCUAAUAACCAGGUUUCUUCUCCUCCAAUAUUUGAGGUAUACAUUCCAAAUUAUUGUACUUGGUUAUAUUCAAUAAAAGAACAAUUUGAGUUGUUUUCUAUAUUCUAAUUCUUUUUUAAUGAAAUAAAUAGUUAAUUUAGAAUUCUAAUUCAUAAGUUAUAAAGUAACAAUGCACGCAAAUGUUUAUUCACCAAGUUUCAAACUUUUAUGGCUUCUCAUGACAUUCUUCAUCAAACUUCAUCUCCUCAUUCUCUUUAACAAAAUGAGAUUGCCAAAUGCAAAAAUCGUCAUCUAAUUGAAACUACUUAGACUCUUACCUUUCACUCACGCAUUCCUUAUCAUUUCUAGAGUGAUGUUGUUCUUACUAGUUGCUAUCUUAUCAACAAGAUGCCAUUUGAUGUCUUAUCAUUCCUCCUUGGGUCUUUAGGUUUACAUGUUUUGUUCAUAAUCUCACUCCUAGAUUAGACAAACUCUCUUAUUGUUCUUUUUAGUGUGUCUUCCUUGGUUAUCCUCAUUCUCGAAAAGGGCACGAGUUAUUCUCCCUUUCUUUGUCAAUAUAUUAUCUCCUCAUACUAAAUUUAUACCAAAAAAGGGAUAGUUGUUUAAGGAUCCAAAAAAAUACAGAUGAUUGAUUGGUAAAUUAAAUCAUCUCACUGUUACCUGACUUGAUAUCUCAUUUACAAUAAGGGUAGGAAGUCAAUUUCUCAACCUUCCAUGGAAGAAACAUUGGGAUACAAUUGUUCGCACUAUGAAAUGUGUUAAAUGAGCUCAAGGCAAGGAUCUUCUAUGUGAAAACAAAGGUCAUAGUCAAAUUAAAGGAUAUUAUGAUGCAUAUUGGAUAAGUUCUCACUUUGAUAGAAGAUCUACUUCAGAAUAUAUUGUUUUUAUUGGAGGUAACUUGGUUUCUUGGUAAAAACAAGAAACAAAAUGUAGUUGCAAGAUCAGGUGCAGAAGUUGAAGAGUGAGUCAUGGCCUCAACCAUUUGUGAACUUAUAUGGUUCAAACAAUUACUUUAAUAGUUGAAAUUUGGAGAGAUUUCACAAAUGACAUCUAUUUAUGAUAAUCAGGUUGCCUUACAUAUUGCCUCAAAUUCGAUGUUUCAUGAAAGAAUCAAACACAUUGAGAUAGAUUAUCAUUUUAUUAAAGAAAAUGUUUUAUUUGUAAAUAUUACCACAAGAUUAGUUAAUUCCAAUGAUUUAAUUGUAGAUAUUUUUACUAAAUAUUUAAGGGAACUAUGAAUUAGUUAUAUAUGUUACAAACUUAGUGCAUAUGAUUUAUAUAUUUCAGCUUGAGGGAGACAAGUGUUGAGAAUAACUGUAAAUAAAUAGAGAAUAUUUAUUUAUUACAUUAAAUACCGUUAUUUAUGGUAAAGAUGUAUCAAAUUAGUUUGUAAUUACUACUGUCAUUGUAAAUAAAGUUCUUUGCUGAGUAUCAAAUGUACAUGGAUUCACUCUAUUUCUCUCAAUUUCUUCUCUCUCAACAUUAUCCAUCCUUAAUAUUGGGGCAGUCAACAAUGUCCACUCUUGAAAACUCAAUCAUGCUCCAAAUAUCUAGAUUUGGGUGUCAUAAGCAAGACUUGGCAAUUUGCUCCCUUUGAGCAAGCUUUUUUUGGGUUGAUUUAAGCUUAGUCCACUUCUAAUAUGGUAUUAGAAUAAUCUUAAUGUUAGCGAAAAACAUUUACUCAUAUUUUGUAUGCACAAACACAGGUUUUUAUCACCCAAAUGUUCUUUUAAGAUAUUGCAACACAUAUCCAAAUAUGCAGUUAUUAAUUUAUAAUGAAGAGUAACCGGAAUGGAAAAUUUUUUGUUGAGAGAUAAGGCGAUACUUAAUUCAGCAUCUAACACAAUGAAAUCUCUUCACUCAUCAUGAGUCUCGUGACAUGUAGCUUAUUUGCAAAUGUGAUCAAUCAAAUCUGGAGUUUUCUCAAUUUUUGUUGUGCGCUAAGUUUAUUUCAGCAAGUGGUGGUGGUGCAUUUUGUCAGAUUUUGCCAUUAAUUAUAUUGUUUUGUUAGAGUAUAUUGAAACCUUCUGUCCUUGUCCUUGACUCCUUGUACAGGAAUGCAGGUAACUAUAAUAUUUGAGUAAUGAUGCUAACAUAACCGUGACUGAUUCUUAAAACCAAUUUUCUUAUGCAGUGCCACAAUGGGCACACACUGUGUUCAACUUGUAAGACAAGGGUACACAAUCGAUGCCCAACUUGCAGGCAGGAACUUGGUGAUAUAAGGUGUCUGGCCUUGGAGAAAAUAGCAGAAUCACUGGAACUGCCUUGCAGAUAUAUCUCUCUUGGGUGUCCAGAGAUAUUUCCCUAUUACAGCAAACUCAAACACGAGGCUAUUUGUAACUUCAGACCACACAACUGCCCUUAUGCUGGGUCAGACUGCUCUGUGGUUGGGGAUAUUUCAUACCUUGUUACUCAUUUAAGGGAUGACCACAGGGUUGAUAUGCAUUCCGGAUGCACUUUUAACCAUCGCUAUGUCAAAUCUAAUCCCCUGGAAGUAGAAAAUGCUACAUGGAUGCUAACGGUAUUUCACUGUUUUGGCCAGUAUUUUUGCCUUCAUUUUGAAGCCUUUCAACUUGGCAUGGCUCCUGUUUACAUGGCGUUCCUCCGAUUCAUGGGUGAUGAAAGAGAGGCUAGGAACUACAGCUAUAGCUUGGAGGUGGGAGGAAAUGGACGUAAACUAACUUUUGAAGGGAGUCCACGAAGCAUUCGAGAUAGCCAUAAGAAAGUUAGAGACAGUCAUGAUGGUCUCAUCAUAUAUCGUAAUAUGGCACUUUUCUUCUCAGGUGGAGACAGGAAAGAGUUGAAGCUACGGGUAACUGGGAGGAUAUGGAAAGAACAGCAAAACCCUGAAGGUGGAGUAUGCAUACCCAACCUGUGUAGCUAGGUUGAUUGCAUCUCUUGAAUGCUAUUUCUUGCUGUAGAUAAUUUUGAGAAGUCUCGAUCUUUGACUGGUGAAUGGUUAUGGAGAUUUCAACUUCCAAACAAAAUAAAAACUUUUAGAGUUCUAACCAAGAUACUUUGUCGGAUAUUUGAUCGCCUACGUGUGUUAUAUGCUUGAGAUUCUCAUAGAAUGAUUUAAAUUUGGCACUGUUUUGUCUUUUUUAUUUCUGGAAGGGUUACUUUUCAACGUGGUUUGGAAUUAUACUACCCUUUUCAGUCCAAACAGUUCCGAAGUGGAUCAAGUCACAAAUGGUUCUUUCAAAUCAAUGGUGAACAACUCGGAGAGAGCAAAUGUGAACCUUAUGUACCAAUAAACGAAAUAGUGUCAAAAUAAUUUAGAAAGUAGUGCCAAAAAGGUUUUUAACUGGCAGAGCUGCUCCUUUUUGCGAAGGUUAAAAUUAUCUUUAGGUGUAAGGAUAAAAAAAAAUUGUAAAGAAACAAUCUUUAUGAGCAUAUCCACAUGUUAAUACCGUACACCCUUUGUGACUUUAAUGAAAGGUUUGGACUAUAUAUAUAUACCCAAUGACAGCAAAUAGUUUACCUUGAAAAAAA